CCAGGAUUGCAAGAGGAGCGUGCACUUCUCUAAACAAGAGACCGAACCAAAGGGGCAUAGACCCCUGCUUUUCCCACUUCCAUUUGACAGACUUUUCAGCUACUAUGUCAGACCAGAGUGUUUACCAUUCAGAAGAAAACCUCAGCUCCACAGCCGUCCAGCAGGGCAGGGGUCGAGACAUCAAGCUGUUCUCGUCUUCAGAGGAGGACAGCAGUCUGUAUUUCACUUACAGUGGAGGUCGUAAUGAACUGGAAGUCCGCAAUCUCAAUUUUGAGGUGGACACAGCAUCGCAGAUACCCUGGUAUGAAAGGCUGUCAGAGUUUAAGAUGCCCUGGGAGAUGCACAGCAACAAGCAAACUGCCAUAAAGGAUCUAAACCUACGUGUGCACAGUGGCCAAAUGCUUGCCGUAAUUGGCAGCUCAGGCUGUGGGAAGACUUCCUUACUGGACAUCAUAACCUGUCGAGAUGAGGGAGGCUCUGUGAAAUCGGGAGAGAUUCUGAUCAAUGGAAAACCUUCCACACGAUCUCUGGUGAAGAAAAGCAUUGCUCAUGUGCGUCAGGAUGACCGUUUAUUACCUCAUCUCACAGUAAGAGAGACGCUGGCUUUUGUGGCAAAACUGCGGCUGCCUGCACAUUUCUCCCAGGAACAGAGAGAUCAAAGGGUGGAUGAUGUAAUCGCAGAGCUGCGUCUGAGGCAGUGUGCCCACACACGGGUGGGGAAUGAUUAUGUGAGGGGGGUAUCGGGUGGAGAGAGGAGAAGGGUUAGCAUUGCUGUGCAGCUACUUUGGAAUCCUGGUAUUCUUAUCCUUGAUGAACCAACUUCAGGUCUAGACAGCUUCACGGCCCAUAAUUUAGUCAUUACAUUGUCCCGUCUGGCUCGAGGGAAUCGUCUGGUCUUGCUUUCUGUCCAUCAACCCCGCUCAGACAUCUUCCAGCUCUUUGAUUUGGUGGUACUCAUGUCUUCUGGUUCAGCUGUGUACUGCGGUCAGGCCAAAGACAUGGUACCUUACUUCACUGCUCUUGAGUACCCUUGUCCACGAUACUGCAACCCCUCUGACUACUAUGUGGACUUGAUAAGCAUCGAUAGGCGCAGUCCUGAAAUCGAAGCAGAGUGUUUGGAGAGAACUGGGAUUUUAGCAGCACAAUUUGUAGAAAAGGUGAAAAACACUGAGGAUUUCAUGUGGAAAUCUGAAGAUUGUGGUCCUCUGGCCCUGGACAGCCCUCAAAGCAGUACUCCCUCCAUCUCAAACAAGGAAUCAGUGAUCACAGUGUCCAAACAGAAGAACCGAUAUCCGGGUAAACUGCACCAAUUCACUACCCUGAUUAGACGGCAGGUAUUUAAUGACUACCGGGACUUGGUGACACUAGUAGUUCAUGGUUUGGAGUCGUUGCUGAUGUCACUGCUUAUAGGUUUCCUUUACUACGGGGCUGAAGGAGAGGGUCUUUCUGUCCAAGAUACAGUGGCUCUACUAUACAUGAUAGGAGCUCUGACACCUUUUGCUGUGGUGCUGGAUGUCAUAGCAAAGUGUCAUUCAGAGAGAGCUAUGCUUUAUCAUGAACUGGAAGAUGGCAUGUACUCAGUCACCCCAUACUUUUUUGCCAAGGUCCUCGGCGAGCUGCCAGAGCACUGUGCCUUUACACUGGUAUACGGUGUGCCCAUCUACUGGUUGGCUGGUCUCAACAGUGCUCCCGAUCGAUUUCUUCUCAACUUCCUGUUGGUGUGGCUGAUUGUGUAUUGUAGUCGCUGCAUGGCACUAUUUGUGGCGGCAGUGCUGCCAACACUACAGACCUCUGCUUUCAUGGGCAAUGCUCUCUUCACUGUCUUCUACCUGACUGCAGGCUUUGUCAUUAGUCUGGAAAAUAUGUGGCUGGUGGCGUCUUGGUUCUCUCAAAUUUCAUUCAUGCGCUGGGGUUUUGAGGGAAUGCUGCAGGUUCAGUUCCGUGGAACCAAACUCCCUAUCACUAUUGGAAACUUGACAAUAGAAUUAGAUGGCAUUAAAGUUGUGGAGAUGAUGAAAAUGAACCAGAAUCCCCUUUAUUCCUGCUACCUGGUGCUUAUUGCUGUCGCUGUGGUUUUCAUACUGCUCUAUUAUGUGUCACUCAAAUUCAUUAAACAGAAGUCCAGUCAGGAUUGGUGAAGAACAAUGUUCACACCCAACUAUUGAGGUUUAUUGAACUACCACUGCCUGCCGCUGGAUGGCAGCAAUGUACUGUUUCUGUACUCUCUGUAGUUCUCUGCUGUCAUUUAAUUAUAAGCGUUUUGGCAAACUAUUAAAGCUGAUGUUUAAUACA